AUGGCUAAAAAACUAGUCAGUGUUUGGUUCUCACGAUUUCGUAUACCCGCACGUAUCACUACCGAUCAAGGUAGACAAUUCGAAUCACAGUUAUUCAACGAGUUGUCACGCAUGCUAGGCAUAUCACACUUACGCACAACGGCAUACCAUCCGCAAGCGAAUGGAAUCAUCGAACGUUGGCACCGCUCUUUGAAAACAGCAAGUACCUGUGAUGAACGAGAUGAUUGGAUUAAUCGCCUACCUAUAAUCUUCCUUGGUCUUCGUACAGCAUUCAAGCCUGACAUCGGAGCAACAGCUGCACAACUUCCACAAUCGGAUUUUGCCAAACAGCUCAUUUACGUGAUGAUAAAAAUACGACCAACCCAAACCGCAAAUCACGACGCUACGAAAACCUUUGUAUUCAGUAAACUGGCAGAAGCAACGCAUGUAUUCGUGCGCAACGACAAAGCACGACCUGCGUUUGUACCAACAUACGACGGACCAUAUCUGGUUAUCUCCAGACACCCGAAAUAUUUCACCAUCCAGCUCAACAACAACAACAAAAGUAACAUUUCCAUAGACCGACUGAAACCAGCCUUUAUCGAAACACUGCAAUCGGAUAUCCAACCACCAAAAAUGUCAACUCAACAAAAUCCAGACCAAUCGCAAACAACACCAUCACCAUCAAAUCAGAUAUUUACAAGCAAUCCGCCAACAAACCGUAUCGGACGAGAAAUACGACUUCCCGCACGUUUCAGAACGUGA